AUGACGCGAGUAGAGACGCCACCCAAAACAAUUUCAGUGAAACCGAAAAGUGCAAAUCUGUGUCGUUUUAUUUUGAUUUUGACGAUCACUGCUAUCGCCUCCGUAUCUUACGUCGUUUAUAAGAAACCGUCGGACUCGCUAGGCGAUCCCUCAGAUCAGUUCAUAGUUAAAAACAUACCCAAAACUUACACAAGAGUGGAGGGUGUUGAACCCGAAGAGCGCGACGUUUUCAAAGGCUUCAGGACUUCGUUUCUGCCUCACGAGGAUAUUGUCGUACCCAGAGGUUAUUUCGAUAGCAAAAUCGAAACGAAUAACAAGGAUUAUAGUGAAGUUCCACAGAACAGGAUCAAGCGCAGAAGUGAAUUUGAAUUCGUUCCAGAAGAUGACGUCAGUAAUGAUCAAUAUUUUCAAAAUGAAGAAUACGAAGAGGAAAGUGAAGAAGUUGAAAGCUAUGACAACGAACACUAUAAAUACGAAGACAAUAGUAAGAUAGAAAGCGUAGCCCAUCCCGAAUUGUACGUAGAUCGUGGCCCCUUAGACGAUGUGGAGCAAGUCCGCAGGCAGCCGGAAUUGGAGGAAGGGGAAAUGGGUUCUGCGGCGCACGUUUACAAACCAGUUCGAUCUCAUAUAGGAGUACAUUCUUUUUGGAAAGGACAAGGUGAUAAGGAAACUAUAAGAAGUACCCAAGCAAAGAUUAUGAAGCAAUAUAUGGAUGAAGAAGCAGACCCAUGCCAUGAUUUCUACCAAUAUGCGUGUGGGAACUGGGCUAGUUUAAAUUCCAUACCAGCAGAUAAGGCAGGAUACGAUACAUUUGAGAUGCUUAGAGAAAACUUAGAUGCAGUUCUCAAGGACCUACUUGAAUUUAAGACAACAGAAUUUGUAUCGUCUUCCUACCCCGGGCAACACUUGGAUUUAGAAGACUAUUUCUUACACAUAUUAAGCCCUUCAACAUGCCCCAGCCAUUUGAAUGAUGAAAUGCAUGUAGAUAUUAUUCUUACAAAAUCCAGUGAAAUACAUGACACUGAGAGAUUUUCUCACUAUAUUAAUGAAAAUGAAAGUAAACCUGAAAUAAUUAAUAGAAUACGGCGAUAUUUAGAUAAAGCUAUGAAACACAAUAACGAACACCUCUCGAAAACGAAGUACCAACUUCACACGAACCCUUUACAUGGUGAUCGUCAAAGAAGACAAAAGUAUGGUAAAAACAAAAACAAAAUAAGUAACCCCAUAUGGGUGAAAAAUAGGCCAAAGAAAUCAGUCGAUAUAAAAUCACUACGACGUGGUAGGCGACUACUUUCAAGACAGAGAGUCAAAAGAAGGCAAAAAACAAUCGAAGAUUUUAUAUCGCACUUUAAACGUUUAAAACAAACCAUACACAGUGAUCCCGCGCAAGGUGACGCUACAUUGAAAGCCAGAUAUUUAUUUAAGUCUUGCAUGAAUCACGAUAUAUUAAAACAAAGGGCUCACCAACCUUUAUUAGAUUUAUUAGACCUAUUCGGUGGCUGGCCGAUUUUGAAUCCUGAAUGGACUCCAUAUCGUUUUGACUGGCUAGAACUAAUGGCUAAAUUAAGAUUGUUCAAUAAUGACAUUUUAAUAUCAGAAUGGGUAGGACCAGACAUAAAAAAUUCGGAUGAGUAUGUGAUUCAGUUCGAUCAAACUAGUUUAGGUUUACCAACGCGAGAUUAUUUUCUGCAGGGUUCUAAUGUAGCGUAUUUAAAUGCGUAUAAGUCGUAUUUGAUUAAAGUGGCUUUGUUACUUGGGGGAGAUCCGGGACAUGUAAAUUCAAGCGCUGAUAAGUUACUUGAAUUUGAGAUCAAAUUAGCAAAAAUUACUUCAGCCCCAGAGGAUCGACGUAAUGUAUCGGAAUUAUACCGCAGGAUGUCUCUCUCUAAGCUGGAAACGUUGGUUCCAAAAGUUGAUUGGAGACGUUAUUUGUGCAUCGUCAUGAAUAGAACUGUGGACUCUGAAGAAACCGUAGUACUUUUUGCUCUUAAUUACGUUCGGCACUUGGUUCAAUUAAUUGAAAAGACGGAUUUGACCACUUUGUCAAAUUACCUACUGUGGCGUUUCGUGAGACAUCGCGUCAACAAUUUGGAUGAUCGCUUCCAAGCCGCAAAACAACAAUUUUAUUUCAUUCUGUUUGGCCGAGAACAAUCACCGCCUCGCUGGAAAAAUUGUAUAUCACAGGUCAACUCCAAUAUGGGGAUGGCACUAGGCUCUAUGUUUGUGCAAAAGUAUUUUGACGAAAUGAGCAAGAAUGACACUCUUACAAUGACAACAGAAAUUCAACAAUCGUUCAGAGAACUUUUACAUAGAACUGACUGGAUAGACGAUGAAACUAAGAAGCUAGCUGGACAUAAAGUAGAUACUAUGAUGCUCAGAAUUGGCUAUCCCGACUUCAUCCUUAAGAAACAUGAACUCGACGAACGGUACAAGGAAGUAAAGAUUCACCCGGAUAAAUAUUUCGAGAAUAUUUUAAACAUUCUUCAACACUUGACAAAGAUGGAGCAGUCAAGAAUAGGUCAGCCAGUAAAUAAGACUUUAUGGAACACAGCACCUGCAGUGGUUAACGCGUAUUACAGUCGUAACAAGAACCAAAUAAUGUUUCCAGCUGGUAUCCUUCAGCCGCCUUUUUAUCAUCGUCAUUUCCCUCGCUCCCUGAACUUCGGAGGUAUUGGGGUGGUAAUAGGACAUGAAAUAACUCACGGGUUUGACGAUAAAGGUCGGCUUUUCGACUGUGAGGGAAAUUUGCACAGGUGGUGGUCGGACUCCGCAAUAGAAGCGUUUCACAAACGUGCGCAGUGCCUUAUUGAUCAGUAUGGUCAAUAUAUUGUACCUGAAGUCAAUAUGAAACUCGACGGCGUUAACACACAAGGUGAGAAUAUAGCAGAUAAUGGCGGAGUCAAGCAGGCUUUCCACGCUUAUUUGCAUUGGCUUGAACGACAUGACGCUGCUGAAGAAACACUCCCUGGUCUCAAUCACACGCACACACAGCUUUUCUUCCUAAAUUUCGCUCAGGUAUGGUGCGGAGCUAUGCGCCCAGAAGCGAUGCGAAAUAAGCUAAAGACAGCCGUACACUCACCAGGAAGAUUCAGGGUUAUCGGAACUCUGUCUAACUCCAAAGAUUUUGCAAGAGAGUUCCAAUGUCCACCCGGUUCUCCCAUGAAUCCUAUAAAUAAGUGUAGUGUGUGGUGA